AUGGAGACUGCGAACGACGCACCCUCAACUACACUGGAGGGACAACAUGAAGCAGACGCUCAGAACAGCCGAACUCAACAACCCCAACAAUCCCCCGACAGUCAAGAAGACGACGCAGAAGAAGUACGACCACCAUUGCCACCACGUCCUGAGACCAUCGAUCUGCUAAAUGAAGGCAUUGCCUUUCGUACCUCCACGGCGAGACCAAACCUGCAGUCGCACGCGACAACGGCACUGUCAUUGACAGACAUUACCGGCCAAACGAAUGCAGAUGGAAGAGACGGUUUCGUUGCAGGCUUUGGGCGUACCUUGCUGGGGCGGGGACUACGAGCAAAGGCUAGUUUGAGCCAACUGAAUAGUGCUCGUGGUAGUGAAGCCGGGGACACCGCGAGCGUGUUAAGCUUUGCGCCGAAUUCCGAGGAAGGCCAGGAUGAGAGUCUGUUUGGGGAGUUUGCAAAUGAAACCAACGCGCAGGAUAUUUCUGGGAAUAUUGAAGUCCUGGGCUAUGAUGAAUAUCCCCAGGACGGCAAUGAGUACGAAUUUGUAGAGGAAUUCGAGCCGAUAGGGGAACUGGAUGAGGAUGGCCAAAAUGAAGAAUCACUGCUCCAGAAAUGGAAGGAAAAGCGAAAGCAUUACUUGAUUUUAUCAGCUGCUGGAAAGCCAAUAUAUACUCGACACGGCGAUAGUGGUUUGGUUUCGGGCUACAUUGGUAUCAUACAAACAAUCAUCUCAUUCUAUCAGGACGCAGAUGACACUUUGCGGAGUUUCAGUGCAGGAGAUACGAAGAUUGUGAUACUCUCAAAGACUCCGCUAUAUUUGGUUGCUAUCAGUCGAUUAUUGGAAAGCGAAAGCCAUCUGAGACUUCAACUUGAUGCGCUGUACAUGCAGAUAUUAUCGACCUUGACCCUUCCGGCAUUGAACCAUCUAUUUUCGAUCCGGCCAUCUACAGAUCUAAAAAGACCCCUACAAGGUACCGAGACGUUACUUUCCUCGCUCGCCGAUUCUUUUACCAAGGGCUCUCCCACGACUCUCUUAUCGGCAUUGGAGUGCUUGAAACUACGCAAAGCACAUCGACAAGUCAUCAACAAUAUCUUACUAAGAAACAGAGCGGAAAAACUACUCUAUGGUUUGGUGGCCGCUGGCGGCCGCUUGGUCAGCGUAGUCCGACCAAAGAAACAUUCUCUUCAUCCGGGUGACUUACAGCUUCUCUUUAAUAUGAUAUUUGAGGCAGAUGGUGUCAAAGCCGGUGGCGGCGAGAGUUGGAUUCCUGUUUGUCUUCCUGGGUUCAACAGUUCUGGUUAUCUGUACAUGUAUGUCAGUUUUAUAGACCUCAAUGAUGAGUCGGGAGGCGUGAUUAUGAAUGAUGAUACGCCAAAAGAUGAAUCAGUGGCUAUUGUUCUUAUAAGUGCGGACAAGGAAAGCUUUUUCCAGCUUCAAGAGAUGCGCAAUAAACUCGUCGGGCAAAUGCGUAAAAGCGGAAGCUUGAACAUUAUGAAGGAAUCAAUCAAAAAAGGCCGACCAUCGCCAACAGAUAUCGUUCCAGAUACUGUCCUGAGACAUUUCUUAUACAAGUCUAAAGCCCACGUCCAAUUCGUCAUGUCUGCGUAUGCGCCGGAUUUCACAUCCCUCACUCGACAUCGAAGGUUGAUCUCAACUUACAAUUCCCUCCAUGAAAGUGUGCAUGCGCGCAACACACAUGUCAAAAUACACUAUGGCACCAGCAAAUCCGCAAGUGUGUUUGCGUGGGUAACGCCCAUCUUCGAGCUCUACUGUGUAGCUGGACCAGAUGCGACUCGCACCCCUAUUUCGCAAGGCGCAAAUAAGAUUCGCCAAUGGGUUCAGAAAGAGGAAGAGAGGCUUUUUAUUAUUGGUGGUGCGGUUUUUUAA